UUUUUAUUUUGAAGUUUCUCACAGGAAGUGGUCAUCUGAGUUUAUGUGGAUUUGACACCAGUGACACCAAGUUGAAAAUGAAGGAGCGGUGAAGAGGAAGAAGAAAAGGAACUUGCUAGCUUGCUAACUAAUUUAGCAGCCUUCUGGUUUUAGCGUUUUGAUAAUGGCGCCUUUAGACCUUGAUAAGUACGUUGACAUAGCGAGGCACUGCAAAUACCUCCCUGAAAACGAUCUAAAGAGAUUAUGUGACUAUGUAUGUGACUUACUGCUGGAAGAAUCAAAUGUUCAGCCCGUCUCGACUCCAGUCACUGUUUGUGGAGAUAUUCAUGGUCAGUUUUAUGAUCUUUGUGAGCUCUUCAGAACUGGAGGCCAGGUUCCUGACACAAAUUACAUUUUCAUGGGAGACUUUGUAGACAGAGGAUAUUAUAGCUUGGAGACAUUUACACAUCUGCUAGCUUUAAAAGCCAAGUGGCCGGAUCGUAUCACACUCCUACGUGGAAACCACGAAAGCAGACAAAUAACUCAAGUGUACGGCUUUUAUGAUGAGUGCCAAACUAAAUAUGGAAACGCAAAUGCCUGGAGGUACUGCACCAAAGUGUUUGACAUGCUGACUGUGGCAGCUUUGAUAGAUGAGCAGGUCCUGUGUGUCCACGGUGGUCUUUCACCUGACAUCAAGACACUGGACCAGAUCCGCACCAUUGAACGCAACCAAGAGAUCCCCCACAAGGGCGCCUUCUGUGACCUGGUGUGGUCAGACCCGGAGGACGUGGACACCUGGGCCAUCAGCCCUCGAGGCGCUGGCUGGCUGUUUGGCUCUAAGGUUACCAAUGAGUUUGUGCACAUCAACAAUCUGAAGCUCAUCUGCCGUGCACAUCAGCUGGUUCAUGAAGGCUACAAGUUCAUGUUUGACGAGAAGCUGGUGACCGUGUGGUCGGCGCCAAACUACUGUUACCGCUGCGGGAACAUCGCAUCCAUCAUGGUCUUUAAGGACGUCAACAGACGAGAGCCCAAGCUGUUCCGCGCUGUGCCGGACUCGGAGCGCGUCAUACCCCCCCGAACAACCACCCCCUACUUCCUCUAAGGACGGGACCCAACUCUCCCAGCUCACCCCCUCUGGAGAUCUCUCAAACUUAAUAGCUGAUUUUAAGAAGUUCUUGGAGGUAAGGUCGGGUCUACCACAUGUUGAGUAGCACAUGGCUUCUUCCCAGGUUACAGUCUGCACCACUCACGAUGUUCUGUUGUAAAGAAACACCCUCCUCUUCACCCAAUAAGAAAAUGAUACCUUUUAAAUGUCUUCAUAUUUUAAUGAUAAAACAUGUUGAAUGCUUUAAUUUUUCUGUUAUGUAUCCCACUGAAGCAAAUAAAACAUUUAAACUGGUGAUAACUGCCAAUAAUACAUGUUCAAAUAAAGUGAUAUAUAUUUUAUUUGUCGUUCUAGCAGUUUGAUCUCAUGCCUUUUUUAAAGACUGGACUAGGAUGAGCUUUCGUGGAAUAAGGAAAUGAACUGAAGAUUACUCCUAUUUGAACAGCUAAUUACAUAAACAGCUCCAUCGUUCUGCAUUUGCCUUAAAUGUGGUUUUAAUCUCCCUUUCUCAUCAUUUUAAGAUGUUGUUUUAUAGUUAUAUACUGUUCUUUUAUGAUAGUAUGAUGAGUUGUUGCUUCAACGGUUUCUUUUACUAGCAACAUUUAAAAUGAACAGAUAUUUUCUUCAAGACUCAGCUCAGUACUUGUAUUUGUAGCAGAGAACAGUUCUACUCGGUCACGUUUUGUAAUUUCAAUAAAGCAUUAUUCAUUAA